GUCGCGACAUCGGAGGCCACGCCGUCCCGCUUCUGAGGCGCGGCACUCCACUUUGGGAGGCCGAGGCGGGUGGAUUACCUGAGGUCAGGAGUUCGAGACCAGCCUGACCAACAUGGUGAAACCCCCGUCUCUACUAAAAAUACAAAAAAUUAGCCGGACGUGGUGGCGCAUGCCUGUAAUCCCAGCUACUUGGGAAACUGAGGCAGGAGACUCGCUUGACCCCGGGAGGCGGAGGUUGCGAUGAGCGGAGAUCGCGCUAUUGCACCACAGCCUGGGAAACAAGAGCGAAACUCCGUCUCAGGAAAAAAAAAAAAAAAGAAAAAAAAAAGGAAAAAAAAUAAAGACCCCUCCUUCUCCCGCCGGAAAUACCCUCUUUCAGGACGGCGCGCCUCUGCGGCGCACGCGCACUCAGUUACUUAGCAACGUCGGCGCUAAACCACCGCAGGUGGAGCCCAGCAACAACAGAGCCACCGCGUCCCCUACCAAUCAACGCCGACCUCGCCUUCGCAGGCCUAACCAAUCAGUGCCGGCGCUGCAAGGAAGUUUCCAGAGCUUUCGAGGAAGGUUUCUUUAACUCGAAUUCAUCCGCCCGAUAAUUUUCUUUUAUUUUCCUAAUGAAGGAAGAGAAGCGCAUAGAGGAGAAGGGAAAUAAUUUUUUAGGAUCCUUUCUUAUGGCUAGGAGGAAUUUGGGGCUCAGUUGAAAAGCCUAAACUGCGUCUCGGGAGGUUGGGCUCGGUGAACUACUUUCAGCGGCGCAUGGAGACGGCGCCUACGUAAGGAGUGAUAAGUGACGCAACGCUCGUUGCAUAAAUUUGCGCUCCGCCAGAUCACAGCAGUCAGUGGCGGCUGGGCUUUGUUGGGUGUGUGUCGCUGGACGUGGUUGUUGAUUCGCAGGCACUUCAGGCACUUCGUAUCCGCUAACAGGUGAAAAUGCAGAUUUUCGUGAAAACCCUUACUGGCAAGACCAUCACCCUUGAGGUGGAGCCCAGUGACACCAUCGAAAAUGUGAAGGCCAAGAUCCAGGAUAAGGAAGGCAUUCCUCCCGACCAGCAGAGGCUCAUCUUUGCAGGCAAGCAGCUGGAAGAUGGCCGCACUCUUUCUGACUACAACAUCCAGAAAGAGUCGACCCUGCAUCUGGUCCUGCGUCUGAGAGGUGGUAUGCAGAUCUUCGUGAAGACCCUGACCGGCAAGACCAUCACCCUGGAAGUGGAGCCCAGUGACACCAUCGAAAAUGUGAAGGCCAAGAUCCAGGAUAAAGAAGGCAUCCCUCCCGACCAGCAGAGGCUCAUCUUUGCAGGCAAGCAGCUGGAAGAUGGCCGCACUCUUUCUGACUACAACAUCCAGAAGGAGUCGACCCUACACCUGGUCCUGCGUCUGAGAGGUGGUAUGCAGAUCUUCGUGAAGACCCUGACCGGCAAGACCAUCACCCUGGAAGUGGAGCCCAGUGACACCAUCGAAAAUGUGAAGGCCAAGAUCCAAGAUAAAGAAGGCAUCCCUCCCGACCAGCAGAGGCUCAUCUUUGCAGGCAAGCAGCUGGAAGAUGGCCGCACUCUUUCUGACUACAACAUCCAGAAAGAGUCGACCCUGCACCUGGUCCUGCGCCUGAGGGGUGGCUGUUAAUUCUUCAGUCUUGGCAUUCGCAGUACCCAGUGAUGGCAUUACUCUGCACUAUAGCCAUUUGCCCCAACUUAAGUUUAGAAAUUACAAGUUUCAGUAAUAGCUGAACCUGUUCAAAAUGUUAAUAAAGGUUUCGUUGCAUGGUA